GUGCAGUGCCUGUGCAAUACCUGACUAAUUUCUGAAGAGUAUAUACCCUUAAAACAAGUCUUUUCUUUCAGCUCCUAAAGAACCACAACAUGUACCUUUUAAACCUAAACCAGCUCCCAUUCCAGAUGUUCCACCCGGCAAGCCUGGAAUCUUUCCAUCCUUCCAUGAACCAGUUACUGCUAUGAUUCCUCAUGUUCCUGAAAGAACAAAGGCAACACCGGCUCCAAGUGAAAAACAAUUCAUUCAUACCAAACCAAAAAAACCUGAAAAACCAAGAGUGCCACACACCAAACCUGCAAUACAUCAAACAACCCCACAACCACUUAUUACAAAAUCUUCUACUACCACUGAGCAGUCAAGGGCAACAAUGGCUCCAAAAGAAACACUGCUCGUUCCUUCCAAACCCAAAACAUCUGUUGAGCCAGAAAUACCACAGACUAAACCUGCUCCAAGGACAACACACCUGGGAUCAAUUAACCUCAUAACAGUUCAUGUUGUUGAUGGGUCCAAAAUGACUUUGGUUCCCAAUGAAACAUACCAGAUUUCACCCAAACCUAAAACGGCUCUUGUAACUGAAAUUCCACGGUUACAUACAGCGGCAUAUAAAACACGUCUCACUUCUGCAAGACCAAAACCAUCUGAUAAAUCACAGACCAGACCUGCUCUUAGUAAAACUACACUAGCACCAGCUAGAACAAAAUCACCUGGCUUGCCAAAGUGGAUUGUGCCAACAACAGAUGACGUUUAUACACCUGAGGAUAUUACUAGACAAAUUGGCGUAGAUGUAGAAAAACCUUUUGAAUAUACUGAUACCCACGAAAAGCCAUUUUCUGUAACUGCAUCACCAAGACCUCAGCGUCCUCCUAUACCUCCUGUCAAGCCUACACCUAUGCGAAGAAAACCUCUGCCUCCAAAUACUGUGACUGGUAAACCAGGGAGUCCAGCUAAAUCUGCUGGACCAACAACACCUGUGAGGACAGGAAUUCCAUCUAAGACACCAACAGCUUUUGCAACUCCAGAGUAUUAUGUCGAUGCAACUGUCUUCAGUUCAAGUCCUACAUCAGAAACAGAUUCUUCAGGCAAACCAAGGUACCAAGCCCCUCAUGUCAAGUACAUGAAGAAAGAUGAUGAUGUGCCUUGCUCUAUCACAAGCUCUCUUGAACAUUUUCCUCAAGAAGAGGCUAGCAUCAAGGAAGAACCUACUCGUCCUCCACAAAAUCCUCCAACCAACCUCACAGUGGUGACUGUUGAGGGCUGUCCAACUUUCGUCAUAUUGGACUGGGAAAAACCAGACAAUGACACUGUUACUGAGUAUGAAGUUGUGUCAACUGAAAACGGAGCAAGUGAUGGUGAAAAGGAGAAGUCAAUUAUCACUACAAAUCAAACCCAUUCUACGGUGGAAAACCUAAAACCUGACACAAGUUAUGAAUUCCAUGUGAAACCUAAAAACCCACUUGGUGAAGGUCCAAGUAGCAAUGUCGUGUCUUUCAGUACGGAAUCAGCGGACCCAAGAGUGAGUGAGCCGAUUUCAAGUAAGACUAUUAUGUAUAUUAUAAUGUCCUCUGAUCAGAUUUUUUUUUUUCCGCAAUGA